ACAUCCUCUUCUCUCAGCUGUUUCUUUCUUCUUCCACUUCGAUACAACGGCUCACCGUUACAACUACACCUUUUCACCCAACUAGCUAGUUAGCUCAGUUAACUAUCACCUAGCUUCUGAAGGAGGCUGUUAACUGCUGGACGUCACUGUCCGUCGCAUUGCACGUCCAGUUACAAGGAGUGAGUUACGCGACACGGCACUGUCACUUGCUGCCUGGACAUGACCGUUGUCUGACCUGACUCUUGAGGAUUCACAGCGGCAGCAUCCUUCAGCCAGCCGUUCAUCUCCAUGCCACUCUGAGGAGGAAUCGCUCAUCCUGAGUACGAGUUCGGCCCUUGUGUUUCUCUUCUCUCUAUCACCAUGGGGGGAGCCGUGAGCGCUGGGGAGGACAAUGACGACCUCAUUGAUAAUCUGAAGGAGGCCCAGUAUAUUCGCACAGAAAAAGUCGAACAGGCUUUUCGGGCCAUAGACCGCGGUGAUUACUAUCUGGACGGCUACCGGGACAGUGCCUACAAAGACUUGGCAUGGAAGCAUGGCAACAUACACCUGUCUGCUCCGUGUAUAUACUCUGAGGUGAUGGAGGCCCUCAAACUGCAGCCAGGACUUUCUUUCCUUAAUCUGGGCAGUGGAACUGGCUACUUGAGCACAAUGGUUGGCCUUAUCAUAGGUCCGUUUGGUGUGAACCAUGGAGUUGAGCUCCAUAAGGAUGUGGUUGAAUAUGCCAGAGAGAAACUGGAUGAGUUCAUAAAGAAUAGUGACAGCUUUGAUAAGUUUGAGUUCUGUGAACCUGUCUUUGUGGUGGGGAAUUGCCUUGAAAUCUCAACAGACAGUCACCAAUACGAUCGCAUUUACUGUGGCGCAGGAGUGCAGAAAGACCAUGAAAAUUACAUGAAAGUGCUGCUCAAAAUUGGAGGCAUUCUGGUGAUGCCUAUAGAGGACCAGCUGACCCAGAUAACCAGGACUGGCCAGUGCACAUGGGACAGCAAAAACAUCUUGGCGGUGUCCUUUGCCCCUUUGGUCCAGCAGAGCAGAGCUGAUGGAGAGAAGCCUGACACUGUCCAGCUGCCCCCGGUGACUGUCCGCAGCCUUCAAGAUCUGUCUCGGAUCUACAUACGCCGCACGCUCAGAAACCUGGCCAACGAGGACAGCCAGGGGAAGGGGAUGGUGCAAAGAGUUCCCCAGAAGCGCAAACGCAGGCGCUGCCGGCGGCGACGCAUCAACACCUACGUUUUUGUAGGCAACCAGCUGAUCCCCCAAAUGGUGGAGAGUGAGGAGGAGGAGCACCCCGAGGAAGAACACAAGGAAGUGGAGGAGGAGGAAGAAAGAGACAUUGGCGACAUUGAAAUCCUCAAGCAAGUGAACGUGUUGAGAGACCAAAUAAUGGCUUUACCGCUGCCCGAGUCACUGAAAGCAUACUUGCUGUAUUACAGAGAGAAAUGACUGAUUCACUCGAUAUCCGCUCUUAACGGGUGGAGCUGAAAUGCUUUUCUUCACCCUUUUCAGUACAAAUGUAGCAUUAUUUCCAUGAAAUCUUGAUGGCAAAACUGUAACGGAAAGAGACGUCAUAGAUAAUAUUGGAUAAUAAUGUUAUGAUUGUCACAAGUUGUUAGUUUUUGUUGACGUUUUCUUUUGAUUUUGUAUAUCAAAGAAAAAACAAUGUAAAAAGUAUACUAAAUGGACAUCGUUUCAGAAACCCGUUUUGAGAUUCAGAUUUUAUCACAAUGUCAGGAUUUCUGCAGAAGUGUGCAGAUUAAAAAUUGUAUAAAAAAAAAAAGUUCUUACUAUAUUUGUUAAAAUAUGAUCAUGCUAAGAAGAAGACUUUUAUUGCGGCUUUUUUUAGAAGCUUUAACUUACUAUCAGCAUCUGGUGAUUUAAUGAUGCUGAAAUGAGCUAAAGACACUGAAAGGCAAAUAAAGCCACAUACUCCCAUUUUGAGUUCAAGAGUAAGACGUUCUUGCAUAAUCAUGAACGGGACACUUACGUCAUUACUCUUCUUGACAUUUUGUUUACGGUCAAAGCGUUUUGUACCUUCCUAUUACAAGAGAUCACUGAGAGACUAGAUUGGGUCAUAAUAUUUUCUACAGGGCACCUUUUAAUGUAACUUUUUCUACAGGGUGCUUACAUACUUGUGUUUUCUCAUAAGUAGCUGACACCCUACUUGAUAUGAUAAGGUGUUAUAGGCCCUCCUCUCCAUGGUUUGCUUUCCAUUGUUGUUGAAAUAGUAUAUUAGUUUAAUCAGUCAUAUCAGAGGUUUGAAAUAAUGACAAAACUGAUGACGGGUGUUCAGUGGUGGUACACAUUUUCAGCUCUUUUUUUUUUUUUCUUUUUGAGGGAACUGGUAAAGGGGAGUUGUUGGUCAAUAAUGAGCACAUGCAUGAAUAUACCGUAAAUGUGUUGGGUGUUCCUGACUUUGCUUCACAUCUUGUGAGUGGUCACUGGAGGUGAUGUCCCAAGUGAUCAGGUCCAGAAAUGUUUUGACAAAAGAUUUUUUUUUUUUUUUUAAAUAAUAUUAAUCAAUUAGAUGGCCUUGAGACAAAUCUAAAAUUCUGUACAGUAGUUUGUUUUUUAUCCACAACAAUGCAAAUCAGAAUUGCUGAGGAUUUUGAAGCCUUUUGUAUCCUGGACUGUAGGACUGUCCAACAAAGCACCUUAUUCUGCAGUCCUCAAGUGGAAAAAAAAAAAGAAAUAAAAAAAGAGGUGCCAUUUUUUUGGCUUAAUUUGUAUUGAGGACUGGACUUCUCGUAAUGUAACUGCUGUUUAAUCAAAGUACAAUUUGCUUGCAGAACUUACCUGAUAGUGAUGGCUUUUAAGUGCCAAUGUACCCCAUCACAUUAGGAUGUCUGUGAGCUUUCUGGCACAGUAAAUUAACCCAAACCAUGGUGUAUUUCUACAACAAAAAAAACAACAAAAAAACAUUCCACAGUGGAAAAAAGAAACCACGCAUCACUGAUAGAUGUCACACUUUUUACUUUAUGGUCACAGACUUGGAAAUUUCGUUCAUCUUACUUUGAAUGCAUAAUUUAGUAUUCCAAAAGCUGAGUUGAAUGUUGUUGAUAAUAAUUCUAUUCAAUAUAAAAGUGAUAUAUAUCUGUUGUUAUAUUAUUCUGCAUACAGUUUAAUUUGCAUUUGAUUUGUUGUAGCGCCCUCUUGCUGUACUGUAUCUUGACACUGGGAACUCUGUAGAUCAAAUCUCCACUGCUGUCUGUUAAAUAGAUAAGAUAUAUUAGUGAUAUAGGUCUUCAUUUUGUUCUGGUGUAAUGAAAAAUAUUUAGUUUGAAAAAGGGGGUGAUUAUUCUAUUAGUAGUUUGUGUGUGUGAAGAGGUAACAUUUAUUUUCCGUAAGGUUAUUUUUUUGUUUUAUACAUUCAUCGGAAAGCUUUGCAAGUAAGCAAUAAUGGAAUAAAUUCUCAUCUUAUAAUUACCAAUGACAACAUAGUCCCAUUUGAUUUGCGUAGUAUCCAUUAAAUUCCACAUGACCAAUUACAGGCAUGCAACAGUUUAUAUACCAUUAUCUAAAAUGUAAUUGCUAAUCAGAGAGCACAUUAAGUAUUGAAAGCAGGGGACCUACAACCUCGACUCUCAGGUCACGCCUUGCACCAAAGUUAAUGGGACUGCUGUGAUUACAUUUAAUGUGGACGAGAGUAGACUAUACAAAAAUGGCACCCGGGGAUCACCAAGUCAUAACCAAUUCUGUGCUUUUAUAUUAAGUUCAUUUGUCAAGAGAUAAAAAAAAACAGUUCUGUUGCUGUUUAUCAGGCCUAGGUUGAUUUCUCAUAGUGUGUGCAGUUCAUUUUGAAAAUGUGUUGUUUUUCCGUAAGUGUUUGGCACAAAAAUAAAGGUCACAAUCACGUUA